AUGCGUCCGCGGCACUCGGACCGCGCCAGACGCGCGGCGGAGGACGCGCUCGACGCCGCGAUCGACGAGCUGCGAUGGUGGAAGAGCAAGAUCGCGACGCGAACCGUCCUCUCGGACGACGUCGUCGACGCCGUCGCGUCCGUCGCGUCCGCGCUGCAGGUGGACAUCGCGGCGCUGUCCAGGGCGCUGAACGCGGCGUAUUUGGAUCGUCGUCCCCGGGGGGAGGAGGACGUCGAGGCCGCGAGGCGCGAGGGGACGCGCGACCGACCCGAGGGAGCCGCCGCCGGCGACGCCGCGGCGACGACGACGGAAAAGGAAACCCCCGCCGGCGACGGCGACGACGGCGACGGCGACGGCGACGACGACGAAGAAGAGCCGUGGGCGUUCGCGCACGGCGGCACCGCGCUCGACGCGUCGUUCGCGCGCUCGCGCGGCGGCGGCGGCGGCGGCGCAUCGCCGAUCCAUCGCGUCGACCCGAGAAGGAUCGCGCGCGGACGACGGCUCGGCGCGAAGACGCCGACGGACCCGGGCCCGGACCGCGGCCGAGAACGACGCGUUCGAACGCGGCGGAAGCGCGACCCGAACCCGAUGCACUCUCCCGUGUCGCGCUGGCGCGACGCGGUCGUCGAGCGCGUCGCCGCGCUCGAGGCGAGGGGCGCGACGCGGCGGUUCGACGACCCCGACCCGGCCGCCGCCGCCGCCGCCGACGCCGACGACGCCGACGACGACGCCGCGGACGCCGCGUUCGCCGCUCGCGCCGCGCACGCGUCGCACGUGGACGCGCUCCAGAGCCUGUACGAGGAGCGGCUGAACACCGCGGUGAUGUUCUUCGCGGGGCGGAAGGUCGCGUCUCGAGCGCUGGAGGCGUCGAUGGCCGCGCGCGACGCCGCGGCGGCGUACGAGGCGGCUUCGAGAGCGUCGGGCGGCGGCGGCGGCGGCGGCGGCGGCGGGGCGAGGGCGAACCGCGCGAGAGAGAGAGGUGCGGGCGGCGCGCGGCGCGGGAUGGAUCAGGUUAAGAUCACGGACGCGGCGUUCGUGUACCCGGGCGAGCGCGUCCACUGCGUCGGCGACGGGGGGGAGGUAGCCGAGCGCGUUUGA